GCAAACAGCCUGCAUAAGAAAGAAGUGUCUUCCAGGCUCCGGUGGGUAAGACCAAAGCUCCUCAAAGUGCAAGCAAGAUUUUAGUUACUGGGGACUCUGCCAACGUGUGCCCAGCUCUGAAGGUUCACCUCUUGCCAACUGGAUCCCAGACUAUGUCGGGCUCCAGGAAUGACCCAGCCACGGCUGCUGCAAAGGCUCCUGCCCUUCAGAAGAGCCAAGAUGAGGGCAUUCAAGCUGGGCCAGGACGAGCCCGGGCCAGGGCUCUCCAGGCCCUUCAGGAGGAACAGGCCAGACUAAAGAUAAGGCUGCAGGAGCUGCGGGUGCUGCAGAGGAAUCUCAGGGACUGCCCCCAAGACAAGGUCCCAUUCCCUGUGCCCGAGUCCCCUCUGGUGUUCCGAGGACACUUUCAGGAGGGCAAGGCAACGGCCAAGUCUGUCGUUUCCCAUGUGCGGAUUUGUUACCCUCUGCCUGGAGGCUCUGCUCUGGUGACCUUUGAUGACCCCAAUGUGGCCAAGCAGGUGCUGCAGCAAAAGGAGCAUCAGAUCAACGUGGAAGGGUUCCGGCUGAGGGUUCAAGUCCAGCCCCUGGAGCUACCCGUGCUGACCAGCAUCCAGGUGUCCAGCCGGAUGAAUGACCAGAGAGUGCUGGUCAGUGGGUUUCCUGCUGAGCUCAAGCUAAGUGAGGAGGAGCUGCUGGACAAGUUGGAGAUCUUCUUUGGCAAGACCAAGAAUGGAGGUGGUGACGUGGAGAUGAGGGAACUGCUGCAAGGGGGUGUCAUGCUGGGCUUUACUGAGGAUGGAGUGGCCCAGCACCUGUGCCAGAUGGGCCAGUUCACAGUGCCACUGGGUAAGCAGCAGUCCUGUCUGACAGUCUCUCCCUAUAUGAGCGGGAAGAUCCAGAAGGCCGAGGUCAGGCCCCAGCCUGUGCCCCAGUCGGUGCUGGUGCUCAACAUUCCCGAUGUCCUGGACAGCCCGGAGCUACAAGACAUCCUGGAGAUCCACUUCCAGAAACCCACCCGUGGAGGCGGGGAGGUGGAAGCUGUGACAGUCGUGCCCCCGGGACAGCGGGGCCUGGCAGUCUUCACUUCGAAGUCAGGCUAGGAGCCCGCCCUACUCAUCAAUCCCACCCCUCUGCCAAGGCUCUUAAACCAGGUUGGGGCUGGAGGCAUGUACAGGAGAAAGUGAUGACGCUGGUCAACGAAGGGAGGUAUUAUGAGCUGUGAAAUGCUGCCCAAGAACAGUAAAAGUGCCCGCCUGGCGUGAUCCUCUUCCUCA